UUUAAUAUUCAAAUUUUUAAUGUCACAAUUACGACGUCAUUAUCUCGUGCAUUACUACAAUAAUCGAUUCGAUUGCCCAGAAAACAUAAAUUUAAUUCUAUACUUGUUUAAAGGAAACAUUAAUAAAGUUAUUUUUUAACAGAGUUAAAAUCGAGUUAAAAUUGUAUUCCAGGAAGGCUAAAUAGCGAUACGUACAAUCAAGCUUUCUUGAAUUUCUAAUGCAUCCAAUGAAAUCCCAAUGGAUAUCUUCCUUUCCUCGCAUAAUUUUUCAGUCACAUAUACAGUAGUACUGAGACAAUUACCAUAUUUAAUACUCCUAUUUUAAUUGAUCCUAAUAAGGACAUUUAUCACUGUACACUUCUUUCGAGAAUUAUCCUUGGAGCUCAAAUUUUCAUACAAGCAAUGAACUCUAUUCUGAAAAUGAUGAACUAAGGAAUAAGAAAAUGAAACGUGGUAGUCUGAUAUCAUGUAAUAAGAUGAUAUAUUGUAAGUAGUUUUCCCAUCAUAAAGUGAUAUAGUGUCGCCAAUGUAAAAGGCGGAUGUAUGCAUGCGACACUGUAUGUACACAUACAUAAACCCCGGAGCCAAAUUGGACGUGUGUAAAUGGACCUUUAUUCGGCAGUUGUUCUCCGGGUAGAGCAACAUUAUUACGUGUACAAAUCCCCUAUACUCAUGCGCAAAAAUUUCCACAGCAACGAUAAUACUGUACAGUACAUUGGCAGACAUGAAUAUUUUCUCUGCGGAUAUGAUACCGCCAGUGUAUAAAGAGAAGACAAUUAUGUUCGUCAGUGUACACUACUGUAGUAUUGGUUGGCAGCAGUGGUAAACACAGCUUAUGUAUGUGUGGAAAAUCUCGUAAGGAGCUUUCUCUGAAAUGAUACACUUUGCAAGAUUCCUCACGUCCUCGAUACAUUUUACAUGGGAGAAAUUAAACAGGUCACUUUAUCCAGCUGUCUGUAUCUGUCGCCUUCGUUUUCAAUAUACAAGAACUGCUAAUAUAAGUCACGCGCUAAUACACUCUCAAAAGAUGGACAGGAAUCGUCAAGAAAGUGGACGGCAACCUUUUAAUAAUAAAUUUCUCUUACUUGCAUUUGGAUUCUUUGGUCUCCUAAAUGAGAAAAAACCGGAGGAAGAUGAGUCUGAACUCAUUAUGACAAUUAAACGUUCUAUUCUCUUAACUCAGAAAGGAGAAUAUAAGAAAGCUGAGCAAAUGUUACAUGUCGCUUUGCGGCAAGCUCAGACUCUUCAACAUUAUGAUGCUAUAACUUAUAUUUACGAUCUGCUGGCUAAUUUGGCAUUUGAUAUGGGGGAUUAUGGAAAAGCAGAGCCUCUCUUCGUUUCAGUUAUGCAGAGGCUAAUAUCUACUGGCACACCACAGAAUGACUUGAAGAUUAUUCACAUAAGUUUAAAAGUGGCCAAAUCAUUUCAACAUAAAGGAGAUGUUCGUAAAGCUGAAGAUGGAUAUAAGUUCUGUUUGAAAACUCUUCAAGAACAUAUUGACAGUGGAACAAAUAAUGAAGAUGUCAUGUUACUUCGAGCUAUGACGAUGGACUGGUACGCUCGCUUCCUUUUAUCACAAUCGAGACUCACAGAAGCGUACAAAAACUUUCUUCAAUCUUAUGAAUUAUCUGUACAAGUUAAUGGUAAAGUUCACGAUCAGACGGUAAUCCUAUUAAAUGACUUAGGAACUGUCAGCAGUAUGCUAGGCAAUGAAGAUCAAGCUCUUGAAUAUUUUACUGAGGCUGCAGAGAUUGGAAAAAACUUACCGGAGAUGGAAGAUUUGGGUUGGAUUCAUAUUAAUUUAGGAAAACUAUAUAUAAUAAAAGGUCUUUAUGAUGCAGCAAAAAAGGCUUGUGAAAAAGGAUUCCUGAUAUCAAAAGCUCGUAAUAAUGAAGAGUCUCUUGCCGAGGCUAGAAAUUGUCUUAGCGAAGUUAAGAAAAUUCUAUCUAAGUAGAUAGUUUAAGGUUUUUGUAGAUAUUGAUAGUAUCAUUAACACUUUCACUCACUAACAAAGAUUUCUAAUGCAAGCGGCUUUAAAAAUAGUGUUACAAAGUAUGCCAAUGUAACAGUAACUCAUAGAAGUCACAUCUCAUCUAGUCAGAGUUUACAAUUAUAGUACGAUAUACACUUACACAUCAUCUAUUAAAAUUUAUUUCAACAAUUUUAUGAAAAGUCUUCAAGGUUACAAAAAUUGAUAACAAAAGAUAGAACAGCAGCUCAGAUGUAUGUCGUAACAACUUGCACAGUACUGAUUGUAGAUGUACCAUUAAUUUCGUACAAUGAUCCCUACACGUUGAUUAUAAAAAUAGAAAUAACUAACAAUUUAAUAUCCCUCUAAUCAGUUCUAAUGUAAAGUAUAUCUAUACUAUAUUAUUGGUAUCAUUCUCAAAUAAUUUUGCUUCAAUGCAGCAUAGAUAAAUGCAUUGUGCUCUAAAAAAAAAAUCAACUAUGUAAAUAUGGUAUUCUUCUUCAAUUACUCCUGGAUAGAAGAACGUGAUAGCUUAAAUUAAUAAGUGUUUGUGUACGUGUGUACGCGCGCGCGCGCGUGUGUGUAUAGAGGAGGAUUAUAACGAUGAUGUUUAGUUUUCUAUAAAUGAAUUUAGUAUCAGUACUAUAAAAAUGUACAAAUUUUUAUAAAUUGUUAAGUACAACGCACAAUUUAUAGCUAAUUAAAUACAAAUUCCUUAAAUCCAGGAGUAUAAGUGUAAAAAAUGUAGUCAUAAGCUAAAUUUUAAGAUAUUUAAAUUCUGUGAUGUAUUAAUGUAAAAUGUAAAUUGAAAAUUAUCGCAGCAUUGUCAGUCACAAAAUAAUGCGAAGUUAAAUA